UGUGCACAAUUUCGUACUGCAAAUGAAAAUAAAUGUAGGCUAUAAGGCCUAGGCUACUCGCUAAAACUGCCUAUUUGGGGAGAGCUGGCUAUAUAUGAUAGUAUUGAGUAGCCUAUUUUGUGGAUUAAUUGUAUUGAUACUCAAGGAAAAUCAGGGAAGUUUCUGCCACUGCUUAGUGAUUAAAACGGAUUUUUCUAAAUCGCAUUUAUCAUUUAAUCUCCCUAACACAAUGCGAAGAAGCUGUCUGUCACUUUCCAAUUGAUUAGUCAGAUCGUUUGCAUGCUUGUUAAUCACUGAAAAUUAAUUAAAACAGUUUGAGAUCAAUUAGUUUAAAGGAAAGUUUUGCGCUCCACCAAAACACGCCGCUGUUUAAAACAUGUAAUAUAAUGAACACAUUGUACUGUGAUUCAGUGUAGCCUUGUAUUUAUUCAUUGUGUUAAAUAGUAAAGACAAGGAUAAUGAAAAUUAUUAAUGUGAUUGUCAUCAAGGCAACAACAGUGGUGGUGAUGACAACGAUGAUGAAAUUGAAGAUGAUGAUGCAAAGUUUAAUUGAUAGGAAAAUAAUUAUCUAGAUAGGUGAAUAAGUAAAAAAGUGAAAUGAAAUGAUAUUAAGACUAAACGUCUAAAAUUCUCAAUUUGUCCAGACUUAAUUAAACAUGCACAAAUCCAUAAGUAGAGUUGUUAAAUAGCCUACUGUUAAAUACAAUUAUAACAAAAUCAGUGUCAAAAUAGUUUUUGUUCACUGACAACACAAUAUAAAAGCUGAGAACAUUGUAGUUACUGCACUUUGCUUUUGCAUUGCUCUUAGAACCAUUUAAGGCAAUGCAAAGGCAAAGUGCAGUAACUACAUUUUUGGGGUUAAAGGUCAAAUCAGCCAUCAUGGUUUUUGGGCAUAAAAUUUACCUCAUGAAUACAUGUACAAUUAGUGCAAUAUCACUGAUAUACCUAUAACACAUUUGGCUGGCCAGUUAAAAUACUUUAAAGCCAUUUUUCUCAGUUUUACCCUUUGCGUAGUUACUGCAGUUAGGCUUUGUAGGGCAGUAUAGCCCUCCGCAGAAAUCGAUUUGACUUGAAAACUGUGACCUAGGGAUAUUAGAACGUGUGUUGUGUUUCUUAUUUUAUUUUUUAAACGGUCAUUUCCAGUUUUUUGGUCACCGAGGUCCAGACAUGCGCUGUCCGGGCUGCAGCCGGCGCUGCUUGGCCUGGUUCUACAGGUACCUGCCAGUCCGCUUCCUCUUCCUCCUGUGGCUGUUUUUCACUGGCUCCUUCAUCUUCGUCUUCUACACGAACCACUCCAGAAGCGGCUUCAGAAAACACUUGGUUUCCGAGAGGGGGACCGCAGAAAACAGGACCGCAGAGGACAGGACCGCAGAGGACGGGACCGCAGAGAACGGGACCGCAGAGAACGGGACCGCAGAGAACGGGACCGCAGAGAACGGGACCAGUGGGGCUAUCGGAGGUGCCAACGCGACCCUGGCCUCGCCUCCGGUUACCUGUCCGCUCAACCGCACGUUUUCCUACCGAGAGGACAUAGCCAGUCCCCUGAGGAUCCCAUACCAGAUGCUCGCAGGGGAGCGUCCACGCUUCAGAAAAUACAUAUCCAUAGGAAUAUCUUCAGUGAGAAGAAAGAAAGAGAACUACCUGCUGGGAACGCUCCGGUCCGUUUUCCGGCAGUCCCGUGAGUCGGACGUUGAGGACAUGGUCCUGGUGGUCUACCUGGCCGACUGGGACCCGACGGCCCGGGAGCAGACCGCGCGGGAGGUGUCGGACCGGUUCCGAGGGCAACUGGCCGCCAGGCGCCUGCUCCUGAUCGCCUCCCCGCGCACGGCCUACCCGACCCUGGAGGGCCUGAAGCGCAACUACGGCGACUCGGAGGACCGGGUGCGGUACCGCUCCAAGCAGAACGCGGACUACGCCUUCCUGUCCAACUUCUGCACGGGCCUGGCCCGCCACCACCUGGUCCUGGAGGACGACGUGCGCUGCGCCAGGAACUUCCUGCUGUCCAUCCGGAGGAAGGCGGAGGCCUCCUCCCGGCCCUGGACCACCAUGGCCUUCUCCAAGCUGGGCUACAUCGGGAAGCCGUACCGCGGCUCCGACCUGCCCGCGCUGGCCCGCUUCCUCCUGCUGUUCUACGGCGAGAUGCCCUGCGACUGGCUGCUGGACCACUUCUUCCGCUCCAAGGCCCAGGGGGAGCUGCUCCGCGUGCGGCCCUCCCUCUUCCAGCACGUGGGCUCCUUCUCCUCCUUCCAGGGGGGCGCCAACUCGCUCAAGGACGACGAGUUCCGGGAACGGGCCGGCCCCUCCGGGGACAACCCCCCGGCCGCGGUGUCCACGGACAUGGAGGCCUUCGAGGGGAACACCCUGGAGGCGGCCUACGAGGGGCUCGGCUUCUUCUGGGGCCAGCGGGUGGCCAACGGGAGCCACGUCUCCGUGCGCUUCAGGGAGCCGGCGGCGCUCCGGAGGGUCCGGGUCCUGACGGGCUCCCCGGAGCACUGCGGGGACGUCCUGAGGGCGGGGCUGGCCGAGGUGGGCUGGGCGGGAGCCUGCGGAGGGAGCCUCGACGCCUGCCAGACGUACCGCAGAAUAGGGCGUUUCGUGAACGGAACUCUGGAUGUGGAAGGGCCGGGUUUGGGGGUCAGAAGGCCCGUGGACUGCCUGAGGGUACGGGUCACUGAAGAUCAGAAAGAGUGGCUUAUCCUCCAAGACCUCAGCGUUUGGAUAGAGAAGACAGGCAAUGCAACCGUCAAAGAGCCAACAAAAUGAGCAUUUCACAAACUGAUCUCUCAGCCCUUCUUGUUUUGUCUUGUCGGUAAAAGUAAAUGAUGGCACUUUCGACAUGGCACUGCCACAAAAGAUACAUUAUCGUAAAAAAGAAUAAAAUAAAUAGAUUUAACUAUGCCAAGUUAAUUUUCAGGAAAAAAUUAAAACUUAACUCUAAGUUUGUUGUUCUAAAUUUUUACUGAAAUUUGGUAUACGUUAUAUGAUAACCGUAAAUUUGAGAGUUAUUUUUUUAUUUACCAGGAUGUGACUUGAGACCAUUUACAAUUCCAAAUUGAGGAGGAGCAUGUAAAAUUUUUUUGAAUAAACCGGUUAAUCAACA